UGCAGGGGACGGGGAGGGUAGAAGUUAAGAAGUCAGCUCUCUCUGCCAUUGUUCUUGUUCUGGAAGUCUGAGAACAGGACGGAGACUGCGCUGGUCGGGUACCGGACGGCGGUCUGUCGUUAUGACGGGCUCCGGUCCGAAGCUCGGGGUGCUUUUGCUGCUGGCGGUUCUGCUGCAGACUGUGGUCGUGACCAUCACCGUGCUGCACUUCACCACGGCUCUCAACUCGAUGAAGGAGACGUUCGCCAGGAGCAGUGUUUCCUGUCUGACGGGCGGCGAACUGAAGAGCAUCACGGCUGUUCGGGGGGAUCCGUGCUGGCAGGUCACUCAGCAGCUUCACCUGCUCAUUGAGAAGUCUCUGUCUCAGCGUUACCAGAAGCAGAUUUCGUCGGCAGUCAGAGAUGAAGUAUCUCGGGUGCUGCCCUCGCUUGUGAUGGUUGACAGGGCUUCGCCCCGCCCCAAAGUCGCGGCCCAUGUCACUGGCAGCUUCGUGCCCCAGCUGGAGCGAGAGGGAGGAGCUCCCGUCUCCGCUGGGCGCCGAGUUCAGGGCCAGAAGAUCUCAUGGUGGGAGGGGCAGAAGGGGCUGGCCUUCCUCCAGGACGUCCAGCUGGUGGACGGGGAGCUGGUGGUGCCGCAGCCCGGCCUCUACUACAUCUACGCACAGACGUACUUCAGACACACCCACUCCCUGGAGGAGGAGGGCGAGGACGGAGAGGAGGCGGAGGACCGGGGCAGGCCGCUGCUGCAGUACGUCUAUAAAAAGGUGAGCUCCUACCCGGUUCCCAUCCUGCUGAUGAAGACGAGCCGAACCUCCUGCUGGUCCCGGGGCUCCCAGUUUUCCCUGCACUCGGCCCACCAGGGGGGGCUGUUCCCGCUCAGCAACGGCGACCGCCUGUUCGUCACGGUGACCAACGCCUCUGCUGUGGACAUGGACGAGAAGAGCAGCUUCUUCGGGGCGUUUCUCAUCAGCUAGACCGUCGCGUGCAGGACUCGGGGAUCGACCGUCACGCUGUCGACGUUUGCGAUGGAUGCGUCUCGUCUCGUAAACAUGGCUGCAGCCUCUAGACUUCUCCUAUUAAUGAAAAAAACUGCAACAGCGAGUCACGGGGAAGGCGGUCCUUCUGGUUUUCAGGAUCACAAACCGAACGAAAUUUUGACUACACUGGUUUCAUGGGUGGAGAAGAGACUUUUAGGGCUUGGAUUCAACAGAGAUUAAAGUUUCUGUUGUAUGAACUUUUCUUUGAGGCCGAAGUCCACGUUUUUUAAAGUCUAAAGUGUGCAGAGCUAAGUGGUCUUGAACGGCUAAGAAAAAAAACCUUAUUACAAAAUAUACAAAACAAUAUUGACUCUGUUUUAUGCUUUGGUUCUGGUGAGCUAAGUUUUGAGCUGACAUUCUGCACACACAGGCUGAAUUCUGAUGCAAUUUGCCUGGGUGUAUUCUCGCCUGUCCCGUUCCUGGGAUUUUGGGGCUUUAUUUUUAUUUUUUUAAAACAGGGAAUCCUUGAAGCAGUUAGCCUAUGUGCAGAAAAUGCAAAAAUAACCUCAAGUUUUAGCGACUAUCAAGCUAUGUUCGGAAAAUAAUUUAUUGCCGCAGUAGGUUACAUCUAUGUGGAAUUUGCCUUGGUAAAUGGGGCAUACGUCCACAAACAUUUAACAUUAAUAAGAAAUAAACAAUAAAUACAGAAAUAGAAACGGAAACAAAUUUAUACAAAGGUUUAGGUUUCCCUACAGUGUGGAAUAUCUAGUGAUGAUCUACCAAAGCUAGACUGUAUUUUCAAAUUUUAAGUUCUGUUUUAGAUGCAAAACACUUUGUAAAAUUGCCCCGUAACUCAGCUCGCCAAUUCACAAACUCAUCUUUAACCGCUCACAGAUUCUUCACAAGGGGGCGCUGUUCUUUUCUCAUUCUAGAAAAAGGAAGGUUGGUAGCAAUUCAGACCUUGGGGAAAACAUUACACUUGAUCCAACUUACUGAUUUUAUAGCAAAUGCUUUAAAACUGGGGUCUGCCUCUAAGAAUUGUUUGUGUAAAACUCUUAUCAGCUGAACAUUAGCGACUAUCGGAGUCCCUGGAUGCGUGAUUGUGUAAAGAUAUAAAUAUUGUGCCAUAUUUUGUGUUUUUUAUCUGGGUCUCUAGCUCUCAAUGAACUCUCUUCUUAAUUUUCCCUCAGCGAGAUGUUGAACUUCUGAGACCAUUUACCGAUCAUGGGCUACUGCUUAACAU